AUGCUGCGAGCUCAGUAUGGUACUGUGACUGAAGCGCAUAUUACUUUGGAGGAUGACGAUUUGAAAAAUCCUGGUACUGUUGAGUUUGACGAAGAACUAUUAAACGAUGCAACAAAAGCAGCCUUUGCAGAGCAGCUUUGGGUAUCUGCAAUGCAGUUAUUGAUGCCGUUAAAGUUAUUACUUGUUCUUAUUAUUUUACCCUUACUCUUAGUUAUGCAAUUGUUUUUCCCAUCCGGGGCGACGGCGGAUGCGGUAUGCUGGUUGCUGGCACUAGCAGCUGUGAUGCCCAUUAAUGUUGUGUUGGUGGAGUACAUGGAUGAUAUAGCGACUCGCUUCAAUUCAGAUGAAAUGGCGGCAGUUAUUCGCAUAUUCGCUGAACAUGCCGCAGAACUCCUUGUUUCGUUUCUUUCACUCAGUCAUAGAGGAGGACAACAGGCACUUUGGGUAAAACCAUUAUUGUUUGGUUGUAUGUUAGCUAGUACGUUGAUAACGGUUGGUGUGGGUUUAUUGUUUGCCAUUCCAUCCGAGAGUACAUACCGCUUUGGGGCAUCUGUCUGGCGUAAUUUUCGUUCACUUCUUGUUUUCACUAGUGUGUGUUUUGUUCUACCAACUCUAUACUCGGUAUCUGCACGUAUAUCUCAAGUGGGAAAUAAUAGAAACCCAGGAGCAGAAGUGGCAUUAACGCAAGUAACAGAUGAUCUUCAAAUGUCACGUUUCCUCGCAUUAUUGGCUAUUGGUGUGUACGUUUCGGUUCUUGCAACUGGACUUGGAUCUAGGACUCACUUGUACACAUCCGCAGGGAAUGCUGUUACGCCUACAAGUCUUACAUAUGUUAUCCAGUAUUUACAUACUGGACAGGAGUAUAAGGAUGCAUGCCCUAUAUUUGAAACACGAUAUUCCAUUGAUUUUGCUAUUACAGGAGCAAUUCUAACUUUUACUCUAUUACUAGCUGUUUGUCACAUUCUUGUAGAUAAGAUGGUACAAGCUUCUCAUCUCUUAUUCAUGCCAUUACCAUUUGUAGUGGUUGUGUUGAUGCCAUUGGUGUUGCGGGGUGGUAGUGUCUGUGGGGCGGCAUUCAUGGCAUCUGUUGGUCGUCUUGAUAUUGCCGUUUGUAUGGGAUUAAGUAGUGCCCUGCGUAUAUUCCACAUUGUAUUACCACUAGUUGUGUUGAUCGCAUGGCCAUUAGGUCACCCGGUGGAUCUCGUGCUACAUCCUUUUCUUGCCGGUGUGUGUUUGCUGCUUAUCGUCAUGGUCUCACAUCUUGGCAGUGAGGGAACUCUACAGCGGGUGGAUGGGAUUGUUCUUGUGGCCUUUUAUGCACUAGUGACCUGUGCGUGUUUAUUAGGGGGUAGUAAAGCUGUAAUGCUUGGGAUGUAA